AUGGCUCAGCACAUGAGCUGGUCAGUCUUGCUGACAACAGCAGCUUUGGCUAUUUCAGCCUCUGCAUCUGCCAUCCCGCGCCAAAACCAUCCUGACACACUCUUCUCCCGACAGGGACUCUAUGGCGGUGGAUGUCCCCUCCCUGAUGUCUGCACCUGGGGAAGCUGCACCAAUGUGACCAUUGGGCUCGAUCCAAGGGAGUGUGGAAAGUCGGACAAUCCAUGUGAACCCGGAGCGAUUUGUGUUGCCGGGCAAUGUUACCCCCUCGAUCUUGGAUCGAACGACGUGGGCCACAAGAACUGCAGCAAUUCCACCAGCUCCCAGCUUUGUCUGCCUGGUCAGUGGUGCAAUAAAGGCAAAUGCGAUCCGAUCCAGAUCCUCGCUGAUUCUCGCCACUGCGGAAAUGGUCAAAAGCCUUGCCGUCCGGGAUCGCUCUGUGUCAAUGGCAGAUGUCAGAAGAUUGACAUUGGAUCUGACCCGUCUUCAUGCGGACCCCUGAACAAGACCUGCGGCCCUGGAAACUGGUGCCUCGACGGCAGCUGCCAACCGUUCGUUCUGGGAACAAAUGUGCAAGCUUGCAACCAGAGUAUCCAGUGCCCACUUGGCUCGUCAUGUCAACAGGGUUGGUGCCGCCAAGUGUUCAUCGGAACCGACCCCUUCAACUGCGGCGAGGGACUUGGCAAGAAGAACUGUACUUCUGGACAGCUCUGCGUCUCGGGAAGCUGCAAGUCUCUGAACUUUACCUCUGAAGCGGCUCAGAACAAGACUUGCGGAUCUUCCAAAAAGCGUUGUGAGCCUGGUAACUUUUGCUGGAAGAACAAGUGUCUGCCUAUUCACAUCUCCGCCGACCUCUCACAGUGUGGCAGCGACGGAAAGCCGUGCAAUAGCAGUCAAGUGUGCGUAUCUGGACGUUGUAUCGGCAACUUGACACACCCAUGGGAUGUCCCGCCGAUUGGCUGCGGCAGCAGUAGUGCUGUUGGUCUUGGAGGCCCUGGUGGUCGCCUUCCUGGGCAGGGGGGAGCCGGACAACAAGGGCAAGGGGGUGCGGGUGAGCAAGACGGCAGCGACUCAUCGGGUCAAGGCCAGGCCGGAGGUCAAGGAGAUGGUAGCGGAUCAGCUGGUCAGGGCAACGAUGAUGAUGACUCGGGCAAUCAGCAAUCUGGAGGCCAGUCCAGUGGCAGUGGCUCGUCAAACUCCAGCCAAGGUGCAGGAGGCAACGAUGGCUCUGACGGGAGCCAGUCUGGCGGUCAAGGCGACAGCUCCUCGGCUCCGGGAACAGACAAUGAUGGAUCCGGAUCUGGACAACCUGGGGGCGGUCAGGGCACUUCCGGCAACGGCGGCCAAGGCGGCAAUGGAGAUGUCACUGGGGGUCAGAGUGGCCAGGGAGGUCAAUCAGGCCCAGGUGGUGGUGCUUCAGGUGAUGCCUCGGGAGGGCAGUCUGGCCCAGGAUCCCAGGGCGCCGGCUCGACUGGCUCAGGCAACAAUUCUGGAAGCCAAUCUGGCUCGCCUGGGGAUGGUUCUGGUGGCAAUAGCCAAAACGGCCCGGGAGGGUCUGGCUCAGACGGCAGCGGCUCUGAUGGAGCUAACAACUCCUCAGACGGAGACGGAAAUGCUGAUGGGGGUAACUCCUCUGGCAGCAGUGGCGGCAAUGAUGGCAAUGGCUUGCCUGACGGAUCCUCCGACAAUGGGAACCAAUCUGGCCAGGGAGGGCCCGACUCGAACGGAUCUGGCUCGCAAGGAACUGGGUCUGGGGACAGCGACGGCCAGUCUACCAAUAAUGGAGGAUCGGGGGGUGCCUCUUCCGGAGGAAGCGGUUCAGGAAGCAACUCUGGCGGGAGCGGAGGCUCUGACGACGGGGGAGACGGCUCUUCUGGAUCUGGAUCUGGGUCUGGUUCAGGAGAUGGCGUUGCUCCGGAUCAAAGUGGAGGAGCUCCAGGCGCCGGCUCUUCUGGCGAUGACUCCUCCGGUGACGGCUCUCCAGGUGAUGGCUCUUCCGGAUCUGAUUCGGGAGGUGGCAAUUCGUCUCCUGAUCAGAGUGGGAGAGUUCAGGGCACCGGUUCUUCUUCUGAUGGUUCAUCUAAUGGGGGCUCUUCCGGAAAUGGCUCUUCUGGAGAUGGCUCUUCUGGAGGUAGCUCUUCUGGAAAUGGCUCUUCUGGAAAUGGCUCUUCUGGAGAUGGCUCUUCUGGAGAUGGCUCUUCUGGAGAUGGCUCUUCUGGAAAUGGCUCUUCUGGAAAUGGCUCUUCUGGAGAUGGCUCUUCUGGAAAUGGCUCUUCUGGAAAUGGCUCUUCUGGAGGUAGCUCUUCUGGAAAUGGCUCUUCUGGAGAUGGCUCUUCUGGAAAUGGCUCUUCUGGAGAUGCAUCAGGAGAUGACGGUUCGGACCAGAGCGGGAGAGUUCAGGGCAGCGGCUCUUCAGGCGAUGACUCUGGAGAAGAUUCAUCCUCGGGCAACGGUUCAUCGGGCAACGGUUCCGGAGGCUCAUCAUCGCCAGGAACCGGAUCCGAUUCUGGAGGCAGCGGCUCAGGAGGAACGGAGAACCCUGACGGCAGCGGCUCAAGCGGUGGUUCGAAUGGAAGCCCAGGGAGUGGCUCGAAUGGCGGUUCCAGUGAUGGCUCCAACGGAGGAUCAGACGGCUCCAACGGAGGGUCAGGCGGGAACUCAAAUGGCAGCUCGGGCGGAGGAGGCUCGAAUGGAAGCCCAGGGAGUGGCUCGAAUGGCGGCUCCAACGGCGGCUCCAACGGCGGCUCCAACGGCGGCUCCAACGGCGGCUCCAGCGGCGGCUCCAACGGAAGCUCUGGAGGCGGAUCAAACCCUGGCGGCUCUGGGUCUGGAAAUGGAAAUACCGGCGGCAACGGCUCAGGGAAUGGAUCAAACAACGGGGGAGGAGCAACUCUUUCCUGCUCUCACGAUUCCGAAUGCUUGUCUCAAAGUUGCGUGGAUGGCAACUGCCGCCCUGUUCAGGUGCAGGGUUUCGGCGGAUGCGAGGGAGUCACGUGCGGCACAGAUGAAAUCUGCUAUGAUGGAAGAUGCCGCCGCUUGACAGACCCUACCAACUGUGCCGGAACAUCAUGCCAGAGCGGCCAGGUAUGCGUCGACAACCAGGGCUGCCUCCCGGGAAGCGCUCUCUGCGGGUCGUCUGUCUGCGGAAACGGAGAGAGAUGCCAGGAUCAAGUAUGCGUGAGGUCGUUGGGCCCUGGAACUGACGAUGGUGACGACGGGGACGACGGUUCCAAUGGCCCAAGUACUGCCAACUCAGGUGGUAAUACAGGUUCCGGAAACGGGAACCCUUCUGGAGGUUCAAGAACUUCCCAAUCUUCGGGACAGACCAACAACUUGUCGGCAGGCGGCCAAGUGACAGCCUCUCCAACUUCAACACCACCGGUCAUCGCUUGUACCACCGAUUCGGACUGUUUCGGAGGUAUUUGCAGGAACAACCGUUGCGAAAGUCCGCUAUUGACGCCAUGCAUCGAUGAUUCCGACUGUGCAGCAGAUGAGAGGUGUCGUAGUAACCUCUGCUUCCCAGAAGACCCACGUACAGGUCCUUCAAAUGGCAAUGAACUCGGAACGACUGGAGCAGCAACCGGCCAGGGUUCAUUGACCAGAGACACAGCCUUGGCGUCUGCUACACGCACCCAAGCAACAUCGCAACAAAACAAUCCAUCCCGGACCACCAACCCGGCGGCGGCGGCCACGACGUCUGGGGUGAGAGGCAACGUUGAAGGAUUCCAGAGCUGCGAGGUCGAUACGGACUGCCAAAGCUCAGAAGACACGUGCCUCCAAGGGCGCUGCGUUCCUGGUAGCGGUACUCCCUGCUCCAUCAACUCUGAUUGCUUGGAGGAGGAGAUCUGCCGCGAUUCCAUAUGCGUCAUCGGCGUCAGAUGUAUCACGGAUGAAGAUUGCUCGGUAGAAGGAUUCACCGGUAUCUGUGAAAACGGUGUUUGCUCUAAUAUCCGACCACAAGGGUGUUCUGAGGAUAUUGAAUGCUUGGAUGAUGAGCUUUGCUUGGAUAGCCUCUGCGUCCUCGUGGGACCUGUGGCGGCGUCCUCAACUGAAGACUCUGGUUCGGUAGGACCUGGUCAGUCAACAGCUGGCAAUCCAUCAGCCAACCCGUCAACCGGUAACCCCUCCCGCACGAAUCCUUCGACGGUGGCGACACAAGGUGGCACCGGGUCUGCGGGUACGGGCGCAACCAACACUGGCUCAACAGCGGCUUCAGUUGGACAAACUGGAACUGGCACGGGAAACUCUCAAACGAACGCUGGCAACUCUCAAACGAACGCUGGCAACUCUCAAACGAACGCUGGCAACUCUCAAACGAACGCUGGCAACUCUCAAGCCAAUACCGAUAACCCGGAUGGCACCGCGACCGAUACCGAGCCCAGUCCCACUACCACAGACGACGGCACCGUGCAAAUCCGUUGCGUGACGGACUCCGAUUGCUUGGCCUCCAGUGCAUGCCCCCCUGGGCGCUGUGUGUGCAUUCAGUCAACUUGUCAGCAAGUCACAAGCUUGACUUCUAUUCCUGGGACCACUGCAGGUCAAACUGGAGCGACCUCUGAUGGAGGCGGAACGGGGCAAUCUCAAGGCCAGUCUACCAACACCGUCGCAAGUGGAACUGGAUCGGGUGACAGCCAGGCAUCUACAACAAGCGACCUCCCUGUGGAGACAAACGACCUCGUCCCCUGCAGCGUGGAUGCUGAUUGCUUUGGGGUAACUGGAGGGCUUUGCACACUUUCGGUCUGUAUCUGCCUGGAUUUACUCUGCCAGCCAGACCCCGAGGCUCCCGAACCGACUGCUGAGACAACCAACGCCGGGACUGGACCUGCCCCAGGAGGUGUUGACACCACAUCUUCGGCAGUAUCCCCUACUGACACCACUUCUCUGACACCUUGUUCUGUGGACAGUGAUUGUCUUGUCGACGUCUCGCUUUGUGUUGUUGGGGGCUUGAACGUGUGCGGCUGUAUCAACGCGGUAUGCGUCCGGACGACAGACCCUGGCAACACUGAAGACGGCGAACCUGGUGCAACAACGUCUACUCUUGGGACAGUCGGGACUGAUACCAUUACCGAAGAUACACUCAUUCCUACGAGUUUUAUCACUCAGGUCACAACUGCAACCUCGGAUGUGGUUGAACCUACAGAUCCGGCAUCACAGUUCCCAUGCUCUACAGACUCUGACUGUCUACUGAACACUGAUGUGCAGGCUUGUGUUUUGGGACUGUGCAUUUGCGUCAAUCUUUUAUGUCAGGAGGCGACGACUCAGCCCAUGGCAUGCACGGCGGAUUCUGACUGCUCGGGAGGUCAGGUCUGCGAAUCCAGCAUAUGCGGGGUCAGAUUUGUGACUCGAACAUAUGCACAGAUCCGCCGUCGCAAUCUCCAUGCACUACAGAUGCUGACUGUCUGCUGA